GUGUGAGUGUGGGUGUGAGCUGUGUGGGUGAGUGGGUGUGAGUGUGGCUGUGUCGGUGUGUGUGUGUGUGAGUGUGGGUGUGAGCUGUGUGGGUGAGUGGGUGUGAGUGUGGCUGUGUCGGUGUGUGUGGGUGGGACCUGCUGCCAGCCCAGCCCCCAGCUCCCAGCUCCCAGCAUGCCCUGCCCGGGUGGCCGCCGAGCCGUGCGGGGCCGGGCCGGGCUCGCUGGUCCCCGGAGCCGCAGGGCAGCAGCCGGGCUGGGCCCGCCGGCCGGAGCCUCCUGCAGCGCGGGGAGCCGCCCGCCGGGCAUGGCCGGGAGACCCGGACCCGCCCCGCCUGCCCAGGUGCCAGUGAUAUUUGAUGAUGUUGCUGUCUAUUUCUCCCGGGAGGAGUGGGACAUGUUUGCGGAGUGGCAGAAGGAGCUGUACCGGGAGGUGAUGACGGAGAACUAUGAAAUGCUGCUUUCUUUGGGCUACCCGGGCCCCAAGCCUGAUCUCUUAUAUCGGCUGGAGCGUGGGGAAGAGCCAUGGGUCCACACACCGCAGGGCCCCGUGGCGUGGGAGAGCCCCUCUCCGGCAGAGGAGGAGGAGCUGUGCUGUGAGCCGUGGGUCAGCGCCCAGCAGGACUCCAUGUUGUGGGAGCCUCCGGAGAGCCCUUGCCGAGGCGGCGAUGUCCUGAGUGGGUCCGGGGAGCAGCAGCGCCGGUUAUGGGCCAGCAUCCUCCAGUGCGCCGUGGCGUGGGAGAGACCCGAGAGCAUCGGCCGAGCAGAUGGCAGGGUCAGGAGCAGUUCUGAGGAGCAGCAUCCGGAUGAAGGGGCUGAGACCCUGCAGCCCUACAGGGUGUUACUCCGGCGAUCAGAAGAGGGAGCUGUCCUGAGCCCUGAGCUGCAAGGAGCCUCCCGGAGCUCAUGUGGGGCUCAGAGACCGGAGAGUGAGCUGGGGGCCACGUGGGGGUGUGACCGGUGCUCUAGCAACUCCCUAAAUAUGCAGUCCGGGCCUGAGACUGGAGAGGGGCCGAGUCCAUGCCCGGCGUGUGCUCCGAGAGCCAAUGGGACGGCCCCUCCCGAUGCACAGGAUAGCAGCGCUCCCAAGAAGGAGAAACCCCACAAGUGCCCGGAGUGCGGGAAAGGCUUCCGGAGGAAGUGGGAUCUCACCAAGCACCGGAGAACCCACUCGGGGGAGCGUCCCUACCCCUGCACGGACUGCAGCAAGAGCUUCAGCCACGUCUCCAACCUCAUCAAGCACCAGCGCAUCCACACGGGGGAGCGGCCCUUCGCCUGCAACAUCUGCGGGCGCAGCUUCACCCUGAAGCAGGUGCUCGUCCGGCACCAGCGCAUCCACACGGGCGAGCGGCCCUUCGCCUGCACCAGCUGCGACAAGAGCUUCAAGGACAAGCAGAAGCUGACCAUCCACCAGCGCAUCCACACCGGCGAGCGGCCCUACGCCUGCACCGACUGCGGCAAGAGCUUCGGGCAGAGCCAGCGGCUCAAGACGCACCGGCGCAUCCACACGGGGGAGAAGCCCUACCUCUGCAGCGACUGUGGCCGGGCCUUCAGCCAGGUCUCCAAUCUGUACACGCACUGGCGAACGCACACGGGCGAGCGCCCCUACCCCUGCUCCUACUGCGGCAAGAGCUUCAGCCUGAAGCACGACCUGACCAAGCAUCAGCGGGUGCACACGGGCGAGCGCCCCUACCCCUGCACGGACUGCGACAAGAGCUUCAGCCAGAAGCAGGACCUCACCAAGCACCAGCGGGUGCACACGGGCGAGCGCCCCUACCCCUGCGCCCAGUGCGGCAAGAGCUUCAGCAACGUGUCCAACCUCCUUGCCCACCAAAGGACCCACCUGGGGCAGCGGCUCCCAGUGGCCGGCCCGGCCCGGCCCGGCCUGGAAUCCCCGCUUCUUGAGCGGCUCGCCCCAGAUGGGCGACUCACCCUGCUGACCCAGGCCUCGCCCCGGGAGGAGCUGCCUGGCCCAGACAGUGCAGAUCACUGCGGGGUCAGGGCUCAGGGCUGGCAGUCAGGGCCCCCCGGCCGGCAGGCAGCUGCUGGCUCUGCCCGCCGUCUCCUCCCGCCGCCCGGCCCCGAGGGGCAGAGAGAGGGGCACCGCCUGGGCCUGCAGCCGCGGCCUCUGGCUGACGUGUGGGCUCAGCCACGGCGUGGCUCCCGCAGCGACUGCCAGCUCCGAGCUGCUGGGCUGGAUGCGGCCUUCCGCUUUUCCGUCAGGAGAGAGAUCCAGAAAACCGCCCCUGGGAAAUACAGCAGAGGGAACAUGAACGGAGCUGAGGAGCAGCACCUGGAGGAAGGGUCUGAGACCCUGGAGUCGCAAACAAUCCCACUGGGAGGUGGUGAAGAGACAGUUUUCCAGAGCCCAAGCCGGGGAAGAACCUACAAGAGGCGGCGCAGGUUGCAAACACCCAAGAGAAUCCCAGCAGAGAAGGGGCCGGACAGUCCAAGGGAGAGCGAAAAGGGCUCCAGGAAGCACGUGGAGUCCUCUUCAGAGGUAGGAGCCAAGGCCUGUGGAAAGGUGCCCAGUUGCUCGGCCUGUGAGCAGAGCUUGAAGGGGAAGAUCUUCUUUCAAAGUCUGGGCAGGUUUUAUGGUCAGAAGAAGCCGCAUGAAUGUUGGAAAUGUGGGAAAUGCUUCCUGCGGAAGAAGGAUCUGGCCAGACACCAGGGAGUUCAUACCGGAGACAGAUUCUACAGCUGCCUGGACUGCAGGAGAAGCUUCAGCCAAAUGGCAGGGCUUACGAGACACCAGAAGACGCACGCGGGGGAUCGGCCCUUUCCUUGCAUGGACUGCGGGAAAAGCUUUUGCCUGAGACAGGAGCUUACGAGCCACCAGAGAACCCACACGGGAGAGCGACCCUUCCUGUGCUCCCAGUGCGAGAAGCGAUUUAGCCAGCUGGCACAUCUCACUGCGCACCAGAGAACCCAUGCGGCGGAGAGGCCCUACCCCUGUGGGACCUGUGAGAAAUGCUUCAAGCAGAGCCAAGACCUCAGAAAGCACCAGCGCACCCACACAGGAGAGCGACCUUACCCCUGCACUGAGUGUGGGAAAUGCUUCAACCACGUAUCGAACCUCAAUGCCCACCGGAAGGUGCACACGGGCACCAGGCCCCACACCUGCAAGGAGUGUGGGAAAAGUUUCCGCAAGAGGCAGGAUCUUCUGCGACAUGGGAGGAUCCACACGGGAGAAAGCCCCUUUGCCUGCGGCCACUGUGAGAAGAGCUUCCGGCAGAAGAAGGAUCUGAACAGACAUCAGAGUGUCCACACAGGAGAGAGGCCCCACCCCUGUCUUGAAUGCGGGAAAAGCUUCCGGCUCAAGCAUGCUCUGGUACGACACCAGGCAACCCACCCACGGCUCAGCCCCUAGAAACGGGACAGCCUCCCGCAUCGCAGGGAGUCCCUGGAACGCAGAGUCUGCAUUGCCCAAUCCUUUCUGCAGCUGACCAGGGAGCACUGACUGCAUGAGGGACUUUUGCCAGUUUCUUUGUGUGUUAGAAUUUUAUAGCUUGUAGUUCAGUACAGGGCGGUUACAGGGAAUAUCAGUCCAGGGAUAUUCUGGGAUUCAGUACU